GGGAGAUAACUAUUCAACCUGCUGUCUUUCUCAAAGUGCUUUCCUCGUCAGUCUGAGCCGCGGACGAGUUCCUGCUGCUCUCCACCGGACGCUGCCGUCGCAUCGUUCUUCAGCUGCUCACUCAGUGUGAGGCGUUACCAGCCUGGCCGCGCGACUCUUACAGCUCCUCGGCUCAGAAGCGCGCGGGGCUCGGAGGCAGAUCCUCGGCAGAACACGCCCUGAUAGAAAAAGGUAGCCCCACGCGGAGUGAGACCCAGACGGACGCGAUUGUUGAGCCGGAUCACAAAGCGGAGCGGCCGGGAUCAGCCGCUCCAAUAAUGCCCCCUCCGCAGGCUCCCACAACCGGACUCCCACCGAAUCAGACCGGGACGGGCUCGCUGCCGCUCACCGUGGACUCACUGUGGUCCGACGGCUCGGAACACCUGGAGACCCUGAAGGAGUUUUCUGCUGCGGCAGAGGAUUAAAUCCCACCAUGAGCAGGAAGACCCGGCGCUGGAUUUUCCAUUUUUUCCUCUGCCUCGGAGUAGUUUACCUGAAAAUCGGGGGGCUGUCGUCGGUUGUCGCGCUGGGAGCCAGCAUCAUCUGCAACAAGAUCCCGGGCUUGGCCCCCCGGCAGCGGACGAUCUGUCAGAGCCGACCCGACGCCAUCAUCGUGGUGGGAGAGGGAGUCCAGGCGGGCAUCAACGAGUGCCAGUUCCAGUUCAGGCACGGCCGCUGGAACUGCUCGGCCCUGGGGGAGACGACCGUGUUUGGGAAGGAGCUCAAAGUGGGCAGUAAGGAGGCCGCAUUCACCUACGCCAUCAUAGCGGCCGGCGUGGCCCACGCGGUCACCGCGGCCUGCACCCAGGGCACUCUGAGCGGCUGCGGCUGCGACAAGGAGAAGCAGGGUUUCUACAACCAGGAGGAGGGCUGGAAGUGGGGUGGCUGCUCAGCGGACGUCCACUACGGCCUGGGGUUCUCCAAAGUGUUCGUGGAUGCACGCGAGAUCAAGCAGAACGCCAGGACGCUCAUGAAUCUGCACAACAACGAAGUGGGCCGAAAGGUCCUCGAGAAGGGGAUUCGCCUGGAGUGCAAGUGCCACGGCGUUUCCGGAUCCUGCACUACCAAGACGUGCUGGAUGACGCUGCCUAAGUUCAGGCAGCUGGGAUACAUCCUGAAAGACAAAUACAACCAAGCGGUGCAUGUGGAGCCCGUCCGCGCCAGCCGCAACAAGCGCCCCACCUUCCUCAAGGUCAAGAAGCCCCACUCCUACCACAAGCCGAAAGACACGGAGCUGGUCUACAUCGAAAGGUCGCCCAACUACUGCGAGGCCGACCAGCUCACCGGCAGCAUGGGAACACAGGGGCGCCUGUGCAAUAAAACGGCUCUGCAGCCCAACAGCUGUGACCUGAUGUGCUGUGGCCGUGGAUACAACACUCACCAGUACUCUCACGUUUGGCAGUGCAACUGCAAGUUCCUGUGGUGCUGCUACGUCAAGUGCAACACCUGCAGCGAGAGGACAGAGGUGUACACCUGUAAAUAGGAAUAUUUAUUAGGGCACACACCUGGACUGUGCUGUGUGUGAAUGGGUGUGUGGGUGUGUGGUUGGGUGUGUGUGGCUUUUCUUUACAAAAUCACAUUACAACAGUUUUAACUGGCCUGUUCUGCUCCUGUUGAUUAUGAUGACGCCAGUAGUCGUUGGAUCCAUAAUUGUUCCAUUAAUCUUUCAGGUGCAGAGCUUUUUCUUAUUGCAGACUACUUUUGGGUUUUUUUGGCAGACAGUACAUAUCCACAGAUGCAGUGGGACGAAUGUCAAACGUUAUUUGCUUUUCAUUUUGUAGAAUAGUAAUUUAUUGACUUGGAAAACUACUGAUCACAUUGAAAACACUGCAAAACCACACAAAUCCUACCAGGUAAUUUUUGUCCAAUUUAUUCUGCAAUUAUCUUAGUAUACUUGAAAUAAGACAAAACUAACUUUCAAGUAAUUUUUCAGCAACAUAUGAGCUUGAUUUGAGUCAAUGAUUUCUUAAAAUGUUUUUUUUUUUUUUAAAUAUUACUCCCAUUGGCAAAUUAUUUAACUAAUAAGAGACUUUUCCCCAUGUUAUAAGUGAAAUAAUCUACCAGUGAAACUUACACUUUUUCAUCAAUACUAAAUAAUUAUUUACUUAAAACAAGCUCCUAUGUCUUUCCGAAAACUUACUUUAGAGUUAUUUUUGUCUUAUUUUACAUGCACUAAGACAUUUGCACUAGAAGCUGGAAAAAAUAUUUGGUAAGAUUUUGUGUUUUUGCACUGAAUACUCUCGCCACUACAUCUCAAAGCAGAUGGUGUGGAUGUCUAAAAAUAAUAUCUGCACUUAAAAGCAAAAUGUUUUUGCAACUUUUUAAUUUUAUUUGUGGUAACUUAAACACUGGGGCUAAAAAGUGAAAUGAAUCCCAUGUAGGUUAACUUGACCGAUCCUGUAGCCUACAAUAAGAACUACUGACCAUGUGUUUAUAGCAGUAUUGUUUUCUGCUUUCUGACCUUACUGGACUAACACUUACCAGAAAACUGGCAGCAGCGAUGUUUUAUCUACAUGCCCACCUCUUCAAAAUCAAUUAUUAAACCCGUGUGAAGGUAACGUAUCCCAUGGCACUUGAUUUAUCUCAGGA